AUGCAGAGUAUUUGCUGCUUUCCACUUAUAACAACAGAUGAAGAGUUAGAAAUUGCUUUGUGCAAAAGCUCGCUUGAGGGCUUCCCAGUUGCAGAGUCUCAAAAUUGGAAUAAUUUCGUGAUAAAAGAGCUGAUUGUCAGUGAAGGAAGUGGUGUCAGAUCACUGAGUUUUGCAACAAUAAAGGAUCUAAAAUUGCUCGGCGGCACGGAUUCAGGGGCCGCAUGGCAAACUCUCAUUGAUGUACUGGCAGCCGGGAAACUGCCGAUAAACGACGGAGAAUCAAUACCGUCAUAUGCUGCAUGGAAGUGCGACAUUCGCAAGGAACCUUGGAAACUUGUUUGGGAGCAAACUGCUGCUGGUAUAACAAAAAGAUUAGCGGAACUGGGGCUAGAUGCGUCUCGCGGUCGUGAUUUGGACUUAUUUAGACUGAGUUUCGAGUUGUUCCAGAGUCAUUUCAAAGCUAACAAAAAACUUCUGGGCCUUCAAACUACGUGUGAUGCUCUGAAAAGUGACUUGAGGGCGUCCCAUUGCGAAAGGGAUAAAAUGGUUCAGCUGGUUCGUGAGCGCGACGAGAGAACGCGUUCCAUGGUCAUGGAAUUGUUGAACGAAAAGAAAACGAAGAUUCGAGACCUUCAAAAACGAUUAGACGAGCGCCGUGGUCCUGGCGAUGUGUCUGACCAACUAGUGCUAAACAGAUUUGUGUCUCAUCCUGUUUCUCGAAUGACGUCGCCGGAGAAGCGGCAUGCAAGUGCGAGCCCGCAAAAAACGACUUCGCCGACAAAGCGCAAACGCAGCAGUCCGUUGGUGAAGGGUGAAGAUAAUUUAGAAGCCAGUUCUGAGAUCGAUGAUUUUGCCUUUAUGGGAAUAAACAGGCGAAGGACGGCUUCAGAGGCACCUUUGACGCCUUUCGAAGCAGAAUUUCAAGAAACGAAAAUUUCAAGAGUCGAAUCGGAACAGCCGUCCUCUCAUAACUCGCGAUUACAGCCCCUUAAGCGUAGUUCUUCGCCGAGCACUGAGGACGACGGGAGUGUUACAGAUGUAGGGUCUUUGAGUCCCGAGAGUGUCAGCGACUAG